GAACAAACUUGUGCGGGGGCUGGGCAAUAUUUUAAUGUGUUCUGGAAUUGUGGUAACUGUAAAUCUAUCCAGAGUAAAACCAGCCACUUACUUGGAAGGUGGAAGGUAUUCAUCACCAGCCACAGACUCGGCCAAGCCAGCUCCGUCCCGUUAUAGUCACGUAUUCACUGUUCAAUUCCCAUUCCGUUCUUCGAAACGGCAACUUGCUUCUUGCACUUCUCGCUCUCAUAAAUCUCCACAAAUGUUCUAUCUUUCCGUUCUCCGCGAGACACCCGGAUUGGCAGUUGUGGAAGUCUCACUGAUUACGGGUCGACUCUGUUCUAAUACUGAAUUCCGGAGUAAGGAAACCAUACCCGGAGCUCAUACUCCCCCAGUUGAGCAUGGACCAAGAAGCGCAGAUGUAAGCAGCCUACCAUCACGGUGCAAAGAAGCUAUUUCCUUACUAAUCUACAGGAGAAAAUUACUCCUCUCAUAAGCGAUCUGAGACUUCUCAUUUGUGGGUUUUAUCUAGCAGAAGUUUAAAGAGAUUGAAAGGCUGGCAUUCAAUUGUUGUAGGUUACUUGAGGCAAUGUUUGCUUUUGCUUUCAAAGAACAAUGAAAAGUAGGAGAUGAUAGCUAUUUAAUGUGAUGCAUGUUUCUGGCAUUUAGGAAUGUUAUUGAAGUUUAGUAAAGGUUUCAUUGACUUACGAAUUCUUAUUUUUGUUAAAGUUGUUCAGUUGCACCUUGACACUCAAAGUUCUUGCAUUUUUGCCCUUAUACUCGGAAUAUUAUAUGAAUUGCUAAAUAGGCCCCAUUCGUCAUAUAGGUAUGCCUCCAUUUGUGCAUAUAUGUCGUGUAAUGUAUAAGGCAGAAAUUAAUUCACCACUUAAUUCAUGACCAUACAAGUAUUGUAUGUAUUACUUCUUGCCAUCUGGAAUAGAUAAUAACAAAUUGAUUUUAUAAAAUUUUACUGCCAGUUGAUUGCUAGAUAAUUGAAUGUACCAUAUAGGGAGAAAAUGUUUCAUGAUAUUUUUCUUUAUUUUCUGCAAUGCAAGAUCACAAAAUUUAGUGUGAAAUAUUUCCCUUCUAUUAUCUUUAUAUUCUUUGGGACUAUCGCUAACCUAAACCAUUCCGCGUGCCACCUGUUGGAUUCCUGAGAAACUCAUUUUCCAUAUUUGAAACGAUCACUGAUAUUUCAUGGCUUUAUAAGCCCUCAAUUGCUGUUUAUGAUUCAUCCGGAACCCCUUUUUCAGUCGUCUGUCUUUAUCAAGGUAAUUUUUAGUGCUUGUUAUACUUGGUGAGGUUUCCUCUUUCUCAAGAUUUAUUUUUCUUUUUUGGUUUGGCAAAGCUUGUUUGUUAUGUGCUGGAAUAUCACAGCUUAUGCCUUCAAAGUACUUUUCAUUGAGUAGGUCACUCUUCAAAUUUAGGGCUGUCUGUGAUGGUUCGUACCAUGCUUAUUAAAUUGAGAUGGUGAACUUUUGUUUUUGAAAUUGUUUUGCCCUUAAAUACUUAUGAAAAGUUUUGAUUUGGAAGCACUUUUUUACUCGGUAAUUCUAAUUUCUUUAUACCUCAUCAUUUUCACUAUGGGUUGUGAUACGUAGGAUCAGCCUUUUGAUGCAAAUUAGAUCCUGAAAGCCAAGGCGAUCUUUUCUUCACCCCACAUAAAAUGGAGUCUGACAGCUUUGUUUUGGUUGUUUGCUGACGGGGAUGGAUUGAGAUAGAUUUGGUUCCUCAUGAGCAAGGAUAUGAAAAUUUCUUUAUAAUUCUUUAGAUUGUUAGGUCUUUAAUUUCAUCUGUCAAAAAUGUAUAUAAAUACAUGCUUUCCAAUUUCAUUUUAGUUGUGCUUGGAUUGAAUUCUGUAGAUUGUUAGAUCUUUAAUUUCAUCUGUCAAAAAUGUGUAUAAUUACAUGCUUUUCAAUUUCAUUUUAGUUGUUCUUGGAUUGAAUUUUUGUUUCAAGUUGGCCCCUCUAAUUUCUGGACAUUAGAUUCUUGAGUGUUUUUAGAAUUAUGUGACCUCAUUACUUACAUUUUUGGUGAAAAUGGAAAGGAAUACAAAUUAGAAUUGGAGUUGAUGCAUGAUUAUAAAAAAGUAAUUCCCGAGCAUAGAUUCUUUCUUUCCCGGCUGUGCUGUGCUCACAUAUGUGCAUCUAUGUUCUGCAUUAUUGCAUGGUAGAACAUUAUAUUUGAUGUCUCCAUAUUGCAGAUUGGUUUUGUUUGGGAAUCUGUUGGAGUAGAGUAUGACGGACAGGAAUGGGGGAAAACAUUUCCAUAUGCGGAAUGAUAAGUGGCAUAAAAUACAAUCUGAGGAUGUCCUUUCCUGUAUUCUCUCAAGGCUUCCUGUUAAGUCUGUGUUAGUAUCAAAAACUGUUUCUAAGCACUGGAAUAAGUUGAUAUGCAGUCAGGAGUUCGUAGAUAUGCACUUGAGAUGGUCCAGACAAAACCCUAUGUAUAUAGUUUCUCUAGAUCCAAUUGGCAGGAAUUUGUUAUUGAUGAAAGGGGAUGGUGAAGUCAUUGAGAUGAUUAUCCUUCCAGGUUUAAAAAGUCCUUUCCCCCUCUACGUGAUAUGUUCUCAUGAUGGUUUGAUCUGUUGUAUCAACCUUCCUCCGACUGGGGACCUCAGUGAUGUAGGAUUUCGUAUUUUCAAUGUUGCAACUCGAGAUAUGUUUUUACUUCCUAGAGGUAAGACAUCUAAAGCAAGGCCAGUCUAUGGAGUGGCUUUUGGUCCAAAAAUUAAUGAGUAUAAAGUAUUUCGUUUUUUCCAUUCCCGAAGCUACAACCCAAAGAAUUAUCAUCAAUGUGAAGUUUAUUCCUCCGGCUCUGGAUGUUGGAGAGACAUAGGAAGGGUAUUGCACCGGCCAGCUCGUUCUUGCAACAAUUUUUCUGGUUCUAAUCAUGUAUAUGUCAAUGGAGAAGUUUUUUGGUUCACUGCGUUAGAAAAUGAUCUCACUGUCCCGGGCUCCAUCCUUGCAGUUGAUUGGGAGGAAAAUUUUAGAACAAUUAGCCUCCCUGUGGAGGUCACUGAGCACUCAUAUUUAAUUGAGCUCGAAUGCUGUUUAUCCCUUGUUGCUAUGGACAAUGAAGAUGAAACUGUUGAUAUAUGGAUUUUACGACACUUCAGCGAGUCUAGUUGGGAAAAGAGGAGCAGUGCCAUUGUUCCUUUUUCAAAUUAUGAAUGUCUUUGCUCUGUGGCUGCUCAGAAUAGUGAAAAAUUUUUCAUCACUUCAGAGCAUUACUUUUUCUACAAUAUAGACAGUAAGACUUGGCGGGAGCUUGAUCUUGCUGAGAAUUUCCGCUGGAAUACUUCAGUUGUGUUUACGUAUACAGAAAGCCUUCUCCGAUGUUGUGGUCGCUUGGUUCCCGAAGCAUAGGACAAGUUUUCCAGAAGAAGAAAAUGAUUUUUUUAAUGGAGCAAGUGAAUUCAGCAGCCCGUUGGGAUGACAGACAGCGAGUCCAAUCAUUUAUGCUAAUAAAGCAGGAGUUUGUAGGAACUGCAUCUCUCAGGAAAAACUGUCAUAUGUUAGUUAAACGCAUUUGUUGUUGUCAUUAGAAGGAUAAUAAUGUUUAAAUGUUUUCUUUCAGGCGAUAUUCAUAGUAGAAUACCUGUCAUAAGAAUAAUGUGGCGUGUUGAUCUUUUGUCUUUUACUUGUACUUGAUGAUAAUUUCACCCGGUGGACGGGUUUUUCAGGUUGAAAUCUAGUUUGAUGACAUUUUUUAUUGAAGAGUGGAUUGAAUGAUUCAGGAAGAUAAACACAACAUCAGUCAGCGGGGCUUUUUUUGCGUCUUAUGCAAGCAAACUCCAUAAUUUUGGUCUGCUUGCGCAGACGCUCAUUUCCUGUCGUAAAUCGCCUCUAGUUUUUAAGAGUAAAGAGGUGUCUGUGCAAACAGACCAAACUUCUAAAUCUGCAGACUGGCAACUCAUCUUAUCAGUAAACUAUAGAGGUUUUGUAGGUUGAAAUUUGUAUUGCAUUGUAGGAUUGAUCAUCUAAGUUUCUGUAGAUAUGGAAGGGAGUGAUAGAUUUUAUCUUCUUCUUCUUUAAUUCAUCAAUUCACAUCUCAGAAGUUUCCUGCGCUAUUGUAGCCAUCGAAUUCUCUGUAUAUUCAGAAAGAAAUGUCUGAUGUUUUUAGAGAUUUCCCAGAAAGAGUUUGGAAACUGCAGUGAAAUUGCAAAGAAAAACCUACCCUUUUGUGUUCAAUAUCAAUCC